AUGUUUUUUACCGGUGUGGCGUCGAGUUUUGUCCCAUUGAUUUGGUCCGUCCGAUCCUGAUCUGCGCUUGCGCGGAACCCAAUGUUUACUAUCACAGAGUAACUAAGUGAAGCAUCUAGUCAGUUACUGUAAAGAAGUACCAAGGAGGACCUAAGAAGAGAUACAAAGCGGAACAGGUCAAAAGUAGAAUUGUUUAUAUCCUAGUUUGUCCAGGCAAGACUCUUUGACAGCAGAUUUUAUAGGAAAAUGGCCAAAUUCAAGGAAGAAAUGGACCCCAUUAUUCAGAUACAAGUGGUGGAGGUUAUCUCAUUUAUCACAUUUACCGACAUACAAGGGGUGCAGGUUAUCUCAUUUAUCACAUUUACCGACAUACAAGGGGUGCAGGUUAUCUUAUUUAUCACAUUUACGGACAUACAAGUGGUGGAGGUUAUCUCAUUUAUCACAUUUACCGACAUACAAGGGGUGCAGGUUAUCUCAUUUAUCACAUUUUCCGACAUACAAGGGAUGCAGGUUAUCUCAUUUAUCACAUCUACCGACAUACAAGGGGUGCAGGUUAUCUCAUUUAUCACAUCUACCGACAUACAAGGGGUGCAGGUUAUCUCAUUUAUCACAUCUACCGACAUACAAGGGGUGCAGGUUAUCUCAUUUAUCACAUCUACCGACAUACAAGGGGUGCAGGUUAUCUAAUUUAUCACAUCUACCGACAUACAAGGGAUGCAGUUUAUCUCAUUUAUCACAUCUACCGACAUACAAGGGGUGCAGGUUAUCUCAUUUAUCACAUCUACCGACAUACAAGGGGUGCAGGUUAUCUCAUUUAUCACAUCUACCGACAUACAAGGGAUGCAGUUUAUCUCAUUUAUCACAUUUACCGACAUACAAGGGAUGCAGGUUAUCUCAUUUAUCACAUCUACCGACAUACAAGGGAUGCAGGUUAUCUCAUUUAUCACAUCUACCGACAUACAAGGGAUGCAGUUUAUCUCAUUUAUCACAUUUACCGACAUACAAGGGGUGCAGGUUAUCUCAUUAAUCACAUCUACCGACAUACAAGGGAUGCAGUUUAUCUCAUUUAUCACAUUUUCCGACAUACAAGGGGUGCAGGUUAUCUCAUUUAUCACAUCUACCGACAUACAAGGGAUGCAGGUUAUCUCAUUUAUCACAUUUUCCGACAUACAAGGGGUGCAGGUUAUCUCAUUUAUCACAUUUACCGACAUACAAGGGGUGCAGGUUAUCUCAUUUAUCACAUCUACCGACAUACAAGGGGUGCAGGUUAUCUCAUUUAUCACAUUUACCGACAUACAAGGGGUGCAGGUUAUCUCAUUUAUCACAUCUACCGACAUACAAGGGGUGCAGGUUAUCUCAUUUAUCACAUCUACCGACAUACAAGGGAUGCAGGUUAUCUCAUUUAUCACAUUUUCCGACAUACAAGGGGUGCAGGUUAUCUCAUUUAUCACAUUUUCCGACAUACAAGGGGUGCAGGUUAUCUCAUUUAUCACAUUUUCCGACAUACAAGGGAUGCAGGUUAUCUCAUUUAUCACAUUUUCCGACAUACAAGGGAUGCAGGUUAUCUCAUUUAUCACAUUUUCCGACAUACAAGGGAUGCAGGUUAUCUCAUUUAUCACAUUUUCCGACAUACAAGGGGUGCAGGUUAUCUCAUUUAUCACAUUUUCCGACAUACAAGGGGUGCAGGUUAUCUCAUUUAUCACAUCUACCGACAUACAAGGGGUGCAGGUUAUCUCAUUUAUCACAUUUUCCGACAUACAAGGGAUGCAGGUUAUCUCAUUUACUGACAUACUUAAAAGGGGUGCAGGUUAUCUCAAUUAUCACAUUUACCGACAUACAAGGGGUGCAGGUUAUCUCACUUAUCACAUCUACCGACAUACAAGGGAUGCAGGAUAUCUUUUUUUUUUUUUUUUACAGCACAGAGAGGCAACAAAAAGAAAAUGUAGAAAAAAAAAAUGUAAAUAGCAACAAAAAGAAAAUGUAGAAAAAAAAAAUGUAAAUAGCACAGAAACUGUGCUAGAUCGGCGUCACAUGACCCUCCAACACCCCCCCAACAAUCUAUAUUAUGCAACUCGUAUGGAGUAUGCAUCUCAUGUGUGGGGGGGGGGCUCCACUCACACAGCUCUCCUGAACAGAGUGGAGUCUAAGGCUCUUCGUCUCAUCAGCUCUCCUCCUCUUACUGAUAGUCUUCUACCUCUUAAAUUCCGCCGCCAUGUUGCCUCUCUUUCAAUCUUCUAUCGAUAUUUUCAUGCUGACUGCUCUUCUGAACUUGCUAACUGCAUGCCUUCCCCCCUCCCGCGGCCCCGCUGCACUCGACUGUCCACUCUAGCCCAUCCCUAUACUGUCUAAGCUCCUUAUGCAAGAGUUAACCAGCAGCUUCACUCUUUCAUCCAUUACACUGGUAAACUCUGGAACUGCCUUCCUUCGUCUGUAUUUCCUCUUGCCUAUGACUUGUCCUCUUUCAAGAAGAGUGUAUCGAGACACCUCUCCAUCCGAAAUUGAACUCUUUUGGCUACUCUUAUUUAUUUUCUUUUGUGGGAGCGGC